AUCUACUCCCAAACAGGAAUGAAGUUGACCGUAGAAGGCAUCGAUCAGGAAUUGUCUCCAGAGUUAGAAAAAGAGUAUGGAGGAGCAUUCAAAGCAGCAUGCGAGGCUAUGACUAAAACACUUGAGAUCAUUCGCUCUCCCGGGUACUCUGAUCGUAGUUCAUGGAAAGCGGAUUGCAGCAGUGAGCACGUCUCGAUUCACUAUAAAGACAUUGACGGGUUGCGAUAUUUUGCAGCAAAGGUCAGCUCCUAA